AUGGCCGAUGAUGCGGAGACGUUACCGCUGGAUGGUGCAGGGCAACCUGAGCCUGCCUCUGCCGCCGAGGGCGCGAAGGAGGAACCAGCAAAGAAGAAAAGGGGAAGGCCCAAGGAUGCGAAUGCCCCUCCAAAGCCAAAGACUCCCAAGAUGCGUGUCACUGCCCCUGCUCGAGAGCGUCUGAGAAUAGAAAGGCCGGAACUUGCCGCAGAUCUCAAAGGCAUGAUGGCUGCCUUGAAUGAGAUCUGGGAGCAGGUGCCCCAAGAAGAGAAGGACAAGAUGGAACAAGAGUUCCAGAAGGAGAUGGAAAUAUGGCAGCCAAAGUGGGAAGCGUACAAGAAGACCGAUUCCUUCAAGGAGUUCAAAUGCUUGAAGCAGGACUACCUUGAUCGAAAGGAGAAGCGGAAGUUCUUGAAAGCGGCGGCGAAAACCGCACCCAAGAAGCCGAAGUCCGGCUACAUGCUUUUUAGCGGCGAGAUGCGAGACAAGGUCAAAGAGGAAGUCAUGUCCGCUGGUGGGUCCUUGGGAGAUAUUGGGAGAAGAAUUGCUGACCUCUGGAAAGAGCUUCCAGAGUCAAAGAAGGCAGAAUACGAUGAAAUAUCCCAAGCACAGAAAGAGGAGUUUCGAGUGAAGUUUGCGGAGUACACAAAAACGGAUGACUUCAAGGUAUUCCAGACCAACAAGGCGAAGAUGGAAGGCAAACAUGAGCUGAGAAAGCUGUUGCUGAACACCCACAAGGAAGCUCCGGACAGGCCGAAGAACGCCUUCGCCUUGUUCAAAGCUAAGCAUCUCAAGCAAGCAAUGGAGGAGCACAAAGGCGCAAGCGCAGGCGAACUCAGCAAGAUCGUUAGCGACAUGUGGAAGAAGGCGGAAGCAGAAGAACGAGCUUCUUUUGAGCAGGAGGCGGCAGCUCUCAAGAAAGAGUACUUGCAGAAAGUGGCCGACUUCAAGCGAAAGCAGGUCUAUGUGCAUUUUCUGCAGAAGCGCGUGGUCGUCAGAACCAAAGAGAAUCGCAGAGUGAACCUGAACGACAUGCCCAAGAAGCCAAAGAGCGUGUAUGCCCUAUUUAGAGAUGACAUCAAGGAUGAGGUGCCCAAAGGGAAGGGCGAAGGCAAAGGGAUGAGCUUCGUCAAAAACAAAUUUGCCGACAUGAACGAUGACGAGAAGAAAAAGUACAUGGAGAAGGAAGCAGAAUUGAAACAACAGUACAAUGAAGAAGUCAAGACGUACAAAGAAGGCGAGCGGUACAAGGAGUUCGAGAAGACCACCGGCAAGAUCAAGCGAGAAAUGAAGAAUGAAGCCAUGAAGGUGAUGGCCCUGAAGUACGCUGCACCUCCAGAGCCACCAAAGAGUCCAUUUGCCAUCUUCGUUGGCGAGAAGAGGCGUAUGUCCGAGGAGCCAAACGACUCAAACGGAGCACCUCCGAAGAAGAAGAGCCGCGAAGAAGCCAAAGCAGAGGUUGCAAAGUUCAAGGAGGAGUGGGCCAAGCUUGACAAGGCAACCAAAAAAGAGUAUGAGGACAAGCGAAAGGAACGAUUCAACGAGUGGAAAGAGCAAGUGAAGGCCCACAUGGACAAGCAGGAAUGGAAGGAUUACGUCGAGGAAGCCAAGAUGCUCAAGGUUCCAGUGAAGAACUUGCUGUCAAAGAAGAAGCUGGCGUUUAAGAAGCUGAAGAACGGCAUGAAGGUUCAACCCUUGCCCGAGAAGCCCGACAGCUUGCCCACGAAGCCGCCGAGUGCACAGAGGAUUUUCUUCUCAGAGAAAAGGAAAGAAGUCGAGGAUUCUUCCAAGCUGCUGGAAAUGUGGGGAGCUUUGCCAGAUGAGGAGCGUAAAGCCUAUGAAGUCAAAGAGCAAGAUCUUCUUGAGAAGUAUCGUGAAGGUGUUCAGGCUUUCGAAACCAGCGAUGAGGGCAAGGAGUACCUCAAGAAGCUCAAGCAGGUACGGAAAAGCAAUGCGAUGGCUCAGGCCAAAGACAAGUACUUGACGGGCAUGCCCAAGAAGCCGAAAGGGGCAAUUCAGCUGUUCCUGCAUGAGAAGGUGAAGGACCUAAAGAAGGCCAAGCCGGACCUGAAGGGCCCAGAUCUGAAGAAUGAGCUUCGAGAGUUAUGGAACACGUGCCAAGAGGAGGAGAAGAAGACCUAUCAGGACAAGGCUGACAUGCUCAUGGGCGCGUACGAGGAGUCCCUGAAAGAGUUCCGGGAGACAGAAAACUUCAAGAAGUAUGCAGCGGAAGUUCGGAAGCUUUCCAAGAAGAAGCCGGGUGGCGGAGGCAAAGGAAAAGGCAAAGGCAAGCCGAAGAAGGACAAGGGCCCCAAGGGCCCUGAAGCUCCUGAAAGCAUGCCGAAAAGGCCGAGGAACGCAAUGCAGCUCUUCAUGGCACAGAACAAAGGUGGUGGGAAUCUCAAGGCACAGUCCGCGGCCUGGACAGAGUUGGGCGCUGAGGGCCAGAAGAAGUACAUAGAGGAAGCCAAAGAGCUGUCCGAGAAGUAUGAGCAGGACAUGAUCGACUUUCGAAAGUCGGGUGAAGGCAAGAAGUAUCUCAGAUUGAAGGCAGCUGCAGCAAAGAAAGCCCGUGUGAACACUGUCCGGGAAAAGUACUUGGGCAAGGACGAUGCCCCCAAGCCACCUCCACCUGCUCCUGGUGCUUAUCAGGUGUUCGUCCAGGAGAAGAGGCCAACUUUGCUAACCGGUGGAAAAAAUUUGGGGGCCGUUGCGAAAGAGCUUUCCCAACUCUGGGGUACAUAUUCUGAAGAAGAAAGGAAGCCGUUCGAAGCGCGUGCAGCCGAGCUCAAGGCCGACUUUGAUGAGAAAAUGAAGGCCUACAAGUCAUCAGACGCGUACAUCAAGUUUGAAAAGGCACAGAGGGCCAUCUUGAAGAAGCCGAAGGCAAAAACGCCAGAAGUAAAGAAGAGCAAGAAGCCAAAGCCCACAAAGCCCAAGGCCAAGGCCAAAGCCAAGGGCAAAGCAAAAGCCAAGGCAAAAGCAAAGGCUCGUGGCCGCCCCGGGAAGAAGGAGAAGAAGGAGGCGAGUGCAAGUGACAGCGACGUGAUGGGCAGCGACAGUGAUAUCGACAGCAGCAGCAGUAGUAGCGACUCUGACUGA